CAGAUGAAAAUGAAUGGAUGUAACACUGACUGCUUGGAGAAACCUCUGUCGAGGGGGUUUGGAAGUCUUGGCAGACUGAUUGCCAGGUAUCCUUGGUGGUUUAUAGUUGUGCCUGUUGUUCUUUCUAUUGGAUCAGGAGUAGGGUUUUGUUUUCUGGAGCAAAGGCAAAUCAUGAUGUUUGAGAAUGAGUUUCCUUCGCCUGGAAGUUUAUUAAAGAGAGAGGGGGAUUUCAUCAGGACACACUUCCCAAUGAACAACACAGAGCAUCUUUCUACACGACAACUUUAUAACGAAGGUUCAUUUGCCUCAAUCAUCAUUGUCAGCCUGUCACAAAAUCUCUUAAAUAAGAGCAAAUAUGAGGAACUGCAGAGGCUGGACGCAGCAGUGAGAAGCUUGAGUUUAGGUUCAGAAAUUCAUUUCCAGAGUUUAUGUGCCCUGAUUAAUGGCUCUACAUGCUUUUCUGCUAACCCUCUGCUUGACCUAAUCCAAAAUGGCACAAUUAGGACCAACAUAACCUAUCCCAUGUUCCAGAACAGAGUAUUCCUGGGAAAAUAUAUUGGUGGUGUUACACUGGGCCCAGACAACACUGUGCUACGAGCUCAGGCACUAAGGUUUGUCUACUAUCUGAGAGAAGACACAGAACAACAACUAGUCAACAACACAAAGUGGCUCAACAAUUUUAUUGCCUCAUUCCCCCAGCAUCUACAAAUGUUGCAACUAAAAUCAGUUCAGGUAAAAAAAAGUUGUUUUUUUCUGGUUCAAUUCCCACCUCAAUGCCUGUCCCCAGUUUCGCCUGCCUUAAUAGAACACUUUUUACAAAAGUUAGUAGGACCACACGCAGACAUCUUCUGUAAAAAGUUUUUUGUUUUUUUUUUACGGUGGGCAGGGCUUCAGGAACAGUAUUAUUUAUUUAUUUUUGUUUAUUAUUAUACAUCAGUUUCACUCCAAAAGCAGCUUGAAGAAGAUGCGAAAAGAGCAAUGCCGUUUUUCUCAGUAACAUUCAUUGUGACAAUUUUGUUCUCUGUUCUCUCUUGUGUGAGAUGCCACAACGUGAGAAACAAGAUUUGGGUGGCUUUAUUUGGAGUAAUUUCUCCUGGGUUAGCCAUACUGACCAGCUUUGGCCUGCUAUUAAUGUGUGGGGCGCCCUUUGCCAUAACAGCGGUCAAUGCUCCAUUUCUUAUCUUGGGAGCUGGGGUCGAUAAUAUGUUCAUUAUUAUCUCUUGCUGGCAGCAGACUAAAAUGCGGGCUACCCUAGAGGAACGGAUGGCUGAAACAUACCAAGAGGCAGCAGUCUCCAUAACCAUAACCACUCUCACUGAUGUCCUGGCUUUUUACAUAGGGAUAAUGACUCACUUCCCAUCUGUGCAGUCAUUCUGCAUCUACGCUGGUACCGCACUUGUAUUUUGCUACGUGUACUGCAUCACUUUCUUUGGUGCAGUGCUGGCCCUGAAUGGAAAACUGGAAAACGACAAUAGACAUUGGUUUAUCUGUGUGAAAGUGAACGAUACAGAGGAAUCCGGUCAAAACACUAUGUAUCAAAUGUGCUGCCUUGGUGGAUCUUUUGAAACAUCGGAGGGAAUAGAAAUUGAGCACCCUGUAACAGUGUUCUUCCAUAAGUAUUAUGGGGUAUUUCUCACAAACCAGUGGACAAAAUUACUGACAGUAGUUGUCUAUCUUGGCUAUCUGGCUAUUAGUAUUUACGGUUGUUUUAAGUUACAAGGGGGAGUUGAUAUUCAGAAGUUCCCCAAUGACAAUUCUUAUCUCAGUCAGUAUUAUACUAAUGAGGCGUUGUACUUUGCAGGUUAUGGUCCCAGGGUUAUGGUGGUUGUUACCAGUGAAAUAGCUUACUGGGAACCCCAAACCUCUAAAGAGAUAGAAAGCUGCAUGCAGAAGCUAGAGAAUAAUUCUUACGUAGACAAGAAAUUUACAGAGUCCUGGUUGAGAACCUAUGAGCAUAUGUCUAAAGCUUUAAAUGUAAGCAUAAUAACUAAGGAUGGUUUUAUGAAUAAUUUGGAUAUAAUAUUUGCCUAUUUUGCAGAAUUCAAGCAAGAUAUAGAUAAGGAGGGGAAUAAAAUCAAAGCUUCCCGUUUCUUUGUACAGACAAUUAAUGUAGUCGGUGCCAUUGAUGAGAGAAACAUGGCAACCCAAUUGCGUGGAAUAGCUGCCAGCUGCAACAUCCCGCUGUUUGUGUACCAUCCCAUUUUUAUCUGCUUGGAUCGGUACGCUUUAAUCAUUCAGAGCGCUGUCCAAAAUAUGAUUGUGGCUUUUGUUGUAAUGUUAGUGGUCUCUUUGUUGUUCAUCCCAAACCCAUUGUGUUCUUUGUGGGUGACGUUUGCCAUUGCUUCUAUAAUAGUUGGAGUUGCUGGUUUCAUGGCUUUCUGGAGAGUUAAUCUAGACUCCAUCUCACUAAUCACACUGGUUAUAUGCAUAGGCUUCUCGGUUGAUUUUUCAUCACAUAUCGCCUACGCGUGCUUCUCCAGUAAGAAAGAAAAAACAGAAGAAAGGGUGAUUGAUGCUUUGCAUGUUCUAGGAUAUCCCAUAGUACAAGGAGCACUCUCAACAAUUCUAGGGGUUGUGGCCCUCUCUGUUGCAGAGAGUUAUAUCUUCAAAACAUUCUUUAAGCUUACAUGCCUAGUUAUUGCAUUUGGGGUUCUUCACGGCCUGGUAUUUAUUCCAGUUUUUUUAACUAUCAUAGCAUGCCCCAGAUGGUCCCAUGUCAGUAAAGUGAAACCUCUAAAGAUAAGUCAUCAGCCAGCCAAUAUAAUGACAGAACUGGAGAGACAAAGAGAAAAUCCAAUAAGGUCAGUGCAGAAAGAUAACCUAUCAGGGUAUUCAUGCUCCAUGCCAGAUGUGCUCAGCACCAGUAUUCCAUUCACCACUUGCUACUACAUGGGAUGGAAAGCGGGUGUAUUUUCUAUUUUUCACUCAGAAAAAUUCCCUCAAGAAAAAUGAGAGUUAAAACAGUAGAGAAGAAAAAUGCUACGGUGUCAUUUGGAAGGUAAAACUGACCCAGACUUCUCCGGGUUCACUAUUCAAUCAACCAAAAAGAUAUGUGAAAUGUGUAUUCUUUAAAAUAAAGCAAAUGGAAACCA